UCCGCUUUCUGAUUGGACGGUGUGUGCUUACGUAGCAACAGUCCCGGAAGAUGUCAAUCGGGCCAGUCCUAAAAAACUUCCGCCUUAACUUGUAAAGAAAACAUAGCAGCUAAAAGGCAACCGACGGCGUAACCAGCUCAUUUAAGAAGUCAAACCGAAGCCCCUUGACACUCUGGAGCUUGUGUGGUUUUCGGACUGUGUGCGAGUGUGAGUGAGUGAGUGGGUGAGUGUAUGUGUGGGAGUGCGUGAGCUACAGGUUUCCUCCUCACCGUUUCAACAAGAGCCGCUCCUCCCUGGAGGAUGACAAUGGAGGAGAUGAAGAAUGAAGCGGAGACAAACUCCAUGGUAUCCAUGACGCUGUACGCCGUGAUGUAUCCAGUUUUCAAUGAGCUGGAAAGGAUUAAUCUGUCAGCAGCUCAGACACUCAGAGCGGCAUUCAAAAAGGCGGAGAGGGAGAACCCGGGCCUUACUCAGGACAUCAUAAUGAAGAUCUUGGAAAAAAAGAACGUCCAGAUCGACUUCACCGAAUCCCUACUGCGCAUGGCCGCGGACGAUGUGGAAGAGUUUAUGAUCGAUCGGCCUGAGCAGGAGUUCCAGGACCUAAACGAGAAGGCCAGAGCUCUGAAACACAUCCUCAGCAAAAUCCCAGACGAGAUCAACGACAGAGUACGCUUCCUACAAACUAUCAAAGACAUAGCCAGCGCCAUAAAAGAGCUCCUGGACACGGUCAACAAUGUCAUUAAGAAAUAUCAGUACCAGAAUCGCAGAGCCCUCGAGCAUCAGAAAAAGGAGUUUGUGAAAUACUCCAAAAGCUUCAGCGACACCCUCAAAACGUACUUCAAAGACGGAAAGGCGAUAAACGUCUUCAUCAGUGCAAACCGGCUCAUCCAUCAAACCAACCUCAUACUCCAGACCUUCAAAACCGUGGCCUAGCCCCGACCCUUCCUCCCUCCAGAGACCACGGAGAGUCCCCCCCCGCCCCCCUCCCCUCCCCCGUGUCCUCCGGGGAGCCGACUGCUCGAACGCAGGUGGAAGCUUGACGAGCGCCUCACCCAUAUAUGUAAAUUAGAGUUGAUUUUAGGGUUGGGGACCAUUUCGUUGGAGUCGAGAUUCUAGAUUCCAGUUCAAGAGACUGAAAAGUGCCAUUUGUUUUUUUUUUUGUUUUUUUUGUUUUUUGUUUGUUUUGUUUUUUUUGUUUUGUUUUCAAUGAGGAUUUUCCAGUCUUGAAGUGGAACUGAAUGGGCCCAAAGUCUUGGUUAAUUGAUUUUAUUUGGACAGUUUUAAUUUAUAACCCUGGUCUUGUUGGGAGGCGGUGAGGCGAGGCGUUUAUUAAAGACUAAUUGCCAUUUUUGUAAUAUAUUCAUGUCGAUCAUUUUACUUUUAGCUUUUCAGUCACGGCUACGCGCCCGAGACCACAUCCAGUAGGGACGAGUCUCGACUGUUUUUCCUCUUCUCGCCUCCUAUUCGUGUCAUUUUGCCAUUGUCUGUAUGUGCAGGAUUGACAAAAAAAAAAAAAAAAUGCCUGAGUGCGAGUGCAAGUGAAGGCGCCGCGAGGAGAGGGAGCGGCACUCAACGCGAUAGAGGCAGACGCAUAUUUCGUUUUCUCUUGAUUAUCAGAAGACAAGAAAGCCAAAUGACUUCCAGCGCAAGCGUGCGCUUUACCAAGUCCUGUAACAUUCCCUCCUCUCAGACAGAGUAUAAUGAAGCGGAGCCAGUCCCUGCUGUUGGGGGAUGUAGAGAGAGAAAUGAAACUUCUGUAUUUAACUGAUAUCUGGUUGCAAAUGUUCAAUAAAUAGUUUCCAAAUGA